AUGGUCUCUUUCAAAUCCUUCUUCUGUGCCUUGAUGGCUGCUACUGCGGCACUGGCAGCACCCUUCGACUUCCUCACCGAGGACGUUGAUGACGGCAACUCGACUCUCCUUUCCAAGCGUGCAGGAACUCCUAGCGCUGAGGGCACCCACAAUGGUUACUUCUACUCUUGGUGGACUGAUGGCGGUGGCAAUGCCCAGUUCACCCUUGGUGAAGGCUCACGUUACUCUGUCCAGUGGCAGAACACUGGCAACUUUGUCGGUGGAAAGGGCUGGAACCCUGGCACUGGCCGCACCAUCAACUAUGGUGGAAGCUUCAACCCUCAGGGCAACGGCUACCUUGCUGUCUAUGGUUGGACCAGAUCGCCCCUGGUCGAGUACUAUGUCAUCGAGUCCUUUGGCACCUAUGACCCCAGCAGCGGUGCUCAAUACAAGGGCUCGUUCUCCACUGACGGCGGUAACUACAACGUUUACGUAUCUACCCGCACCAACCAGCCUUCCAUCGAUGGUACACGCACCUUCCAGCAAUACUGGUCCGUUCGCCAGGGCAAGCGUGUCGGUGGCACCGUCACCAUGCAGAACCACUUCAACGCCUGGGCCAGAUUUGGACUCAACCUCGGUCAGCACUACUAUCAAAUUGUGGCUACCGAGGGCUACCAGAGCAGUGGUAGCUCUGACAUCUAUGUCCAAACCAAGUAG